GUUGCAACUCAUGUGCGAGAGUUAGCGCACAGUCAGCUUAAAGCAGCUAUUGAACGGCAUAGUAAAAAGCUCAAAUACAGGGUGCUCUCAGUACAGGUGGACGACCACAAGCGGCAAUAUCGUCAAGAGGCUGCCAGCCGCGAAGAGAACGACCAGCGCAAAGUGCGCCUUGACUUCAUUUGCCAAAUCAAUAAACUCUCUCGAUCUGGGACGCAUACGUGCACUCUGUCGGUGGACUCGGUUCAAGAAGUUUCAGGAGGAACAUAUGGAUAUUCAA